GUGAAAGGAUCUUUCACGUGUCUCGCAAGGCGGGCGGGGAAACCGAGAUACGCCGCCGGCGUGCGCUACCUGUCCGAGCGUGUGAUGUUUAGUUGUUCGAAAAAGGGCGCACUAAAUGGACCAAACACCUAACACUCCAAAACCGUCGAUAACACUCAAUAAACAGUUUUUGUGAACGCGAUUUUUGUUAAAUCAUUUAAUUUUAACACGGGCAUUAAAGUCUCCAAGUUACAAGUAGUACCCAGUUAAUAUAAUGAAUUAUAUACCAAAUCAGGUUUUACCGUCGGAUGACGAUGAUGACCCAGCUGCAAAUCAUCACGAAGAACACGACACUGACGAAUAUUGCAGUGACGAAGAUGAUCCCGAUUGCGUCGAUGUUAUUAGCGAGUCUGAUCCUACUGAAUCAGCAAGACAUCACAACACAUCAUCAACAGAAGCACAAAGUCAUAAGGAUAACAAUAAACAAAGUGGAAAUAAUAAAUUUUCAAUUGAUCGAAUAUUGGGCAUCGACGAGGAUAAAUAUGGGAACUCUAGCAGCAAAAAAGAAAUUAAAAAACCUACGCCAAUUCAAGCUAGUCGAAGUGCAUUGUAUCACUCCUUAAUUGAACUUCCACAAUAUAGUCGCAAUCAAGUCGCAGCAGAUCAAGGAUUAUUAGAAUUGAUAAGCGGCAAAUUCUCACCUACUCCACCGAGAUCUUCAAGUGAAGCCAGUUUUCUGCCAUAUUUACAUCCGGGAACUUCAUCAUCAUCAACAGCGUUGUAUUCGAAUUGGUUAAAUCAAGAACAAAAAAGAUCUAGUCAACUAUUUCAAUUACAAGCUCCGAAACCGUCUAGUCGUCGAUCGAGGAAGCCCGGACUCGACCGUAAACCGCGUCAAGCCUAUUCAGCAAAGCAACUUGAGAAACUCGAAACGGAAUUUAAGAUUGAUAAAUAUUUGAGCGUCAGUAAACGCAUGGAGUUGUCAAAAGCACUUAAUUUGACUGAGGUGCAGAUUAAAACCUGGUUCCAGAAUAGGCGCACAAAGUGGAAGAAGCAGUUGACCACACGGUUGAAGAUGGCACAACGGCAGGGGUUGUUCGCGUCGCAUUAUUUCGCGCCGCCGACGCCCGCUCAGCCGCAUCACUAUUCGUCGCUCUUUGCGCCGUACUACAAUCCGCUGGGGUGCGUUUUCAAUGUGCCACCCGGAUUGGACGAGCAAUUUCAGCAUCAUCCGCAUCCACCACAGGACCAACUCGGGGUAAAUCUGCAUUUACAAUCUACGCACACUGAAAAGCAUGCAAAAUCUCAUCAACGGAAAAGCGAUGAUGAGGGAGAUACAAAAAUGAUGGACGAAUGCGCUCGAGAGAGGAGAACGUAACAAUUUUAAUCCUUUCACUACUUAGUUUAAAUCAGCAAAUUAAAAGUAACUUGUAAAAAUAUUUAAACUAUAAUUUAACAUUGUGCAAUCAGUAAUUUGUGAAAUAAUUAAUAUCUAUUUAUAACGGCUAAUAAUUUAUGAUUCAAUAUACUAUUAGACUAUAUUCGUAAUUCAAUUUAAUUUUAUGUUACUCUUACGGGUAAAGCUACGAAGCAUCGCACAAAGAGGAGACGGGGAUAAUAGAAAACUUUGUAAAAUAAUAACAGACAAAUAAUUAGCAAUAAAUUAAAAUUGCGACUAUAA